AUGUCGCUGCCGAGUCUAGAAACACAGGCCAAGGUCGCCAGUGAUGCGGCCCAAGUCUUCGUAGACCACUACUACGAAACGCGCUCCCGGCGGCGCUCCCUCCGCGGCUUCUACACCAGCGCCUCCCCCCGCCUGACCGGCGCCGGCGCCCGCCCCGACAUCAGCAUCAACGGGCUCCCCUGCGCCGACCUGUCCGCGUACGAGGCGCUCCUCGAAGCCCAGGGCGCCCACGUCGCCUACGACGUCGCCUCCUUCGACGCGCAGCCCGUGAACGCGCACUAUCGGAUCGGGGAGCCCGACGCCGCCGAAGGAGGCGGCGGCGGCGGCGGCGGCAGGGAAGCGAGCGCAGCCGCAGCCGCGGUCCGCAACGGCGACCGCAUCAGCUUCGUCGUCCAGGUCAGCGGGACCGUGCGGUUCGGGCGCGGGCACGUCGCUACGGCCGACGGAGGAGGAGGAGCCGCCGCCGCCUCCGCUGCUGCCGCUCCACCUAAGCCGCCGGUCGCGAAUGUGUUUUCCCCCUCGGGAACAACAUCAGCAGCAGCAGCAGCAGCAGCGACUGACAAUAACGACGGGCUGCAGGAGAGGCCGUUCAUGGAGGCGUUUGUGCUGGUGCCGCAUUGGGAGGCGUCGGCGCGGAAUGCGGCGAGGGGGCUGAGGAAGUGGGUUAUCGUUAGUCAGAACUAUCGGGCUCUGUGA